UCUGUGAGCAGUUACUUCAGAGAUGGAUUGGAAUGUGCUUUUACUACUGAUGCUUUCAGCGACCUUUGGCAUCUCCUCCUCUGCCCUUCAGCAGUUCUACUAUGUGAAUGAAAAAAAGAGUUGGUUGGAGGCUCAGAGUUACUGCAGGGCGACCUACAUUGAUCUGGCUACGGUUGGCAGCAUGGAGGACAUGAACAGGCUGAAAGCAGCAGUGGAUCCUGCGUACACAGGCGCUGUGUGGAUUGGACUGAAGAAGCACUGGGUUUUGUCUACAGGGGAGAAUAUAUCCGCUUAUUCUAACUGGGUCCCAGGGCAGCCAAAUGAAGGAAAUGUGGAAGCAGCAUGUGGAGUGUAUUCGUCGCAAGGAUGGAAUGACUAUUUCUGCUCCACAAAGUUCUACUUUGUCUGCUUUGACGAUAGAUCUGAUACCAGUGGUGCAUUCAUCCUAAAAAAGUCCGGCAUGACUUGGACACAAGCCCAGACCUACUGCAGCCAGCAUUACACAAACCUCGCCAGCGUCCAUAACGCACAAGAGCAUCAACAAGUUCUUAACGUUGUUGGUAGCGACAGCGCAUGGUUUGGCCUGAUCUCCGGGCAGUGGUCUGAUAAAGGAUUCUCCCCGUUCCGGUACUGGGCAAACGGACAAGCUCCCGAGUCAACUUCUACAGAGAAAUGUGCUGCCAUGAUGAUGUCUGAUUCUGGGAAGUGGACUCAAAGUCAAUGUGACCUCCAAAAUCCGUUCAUUUGCUAUGGAGGACUCAAGCCUGUCGCUCACCUUUACUACUUCAUAAGAGACUCAAAGACAUGGACAGAGGCUCAGACAUACUGCAGAAACAGAUUCACUGAUCUAGCUACUGUAGACAGUGUUAAAGAUAUGAGCAGACUGAUGAAAGCUGUGGAUGUUGGCUAUAGUGGUUCUUUAUGGAUCGGACUAAUGCAAGUGGGACAAGCACGCUGGGGCUGGUCUAGAGGAGAUGAGCUACUGUCCAAUUUCAGUAACUGGGACGCAGGAAGGCCAAAUGGUAAUGGACAGUGUGUAUUUACCGUCGAUGGAGUGUGGCGUGAUUAUGAUUGCACAGUAGCUCUGUACUUCGUGUGCUACUAUGAGGGCACUGGUUACAUCUUGGUAGAAACUCCAAAAAACUGGUAUGAUGCUCAGAGUUACUGCAGAACGAGCUACACUGACCUGGCCAGCAUUCGUUCUCCUCGGGAGCAGAAGCAGGUGACUGACCUUGUGAAUAAAGGGGUCUCUGUCUGGGUUGGUUUGUUCUCAGACACCUGGCAAUGGUCUGACCAGUGGAGCCUCUUGUUUAGAAACUGGGCAUCAGGACAGCCAAGCUCAGGAACUGGUAACUGUUCUGCUGUAGUGAUGGGUGAUUCUGGGAAAUGGAUUGCUGACAACUGCAAUGCGCAGCGCCCUUUCAUCUGCUAUAUAGAGGAGGACAGGGUGAAGAAAAAGCAGAUUGUGAAGGUGACGGUGUCUUCAAAUGGAAAAGCAGAUGUAAAUGACCCUUUCGUGAAGGCUGCACUCUUGAAUGAGAUUGAGAAACAACUGGAAAGGCAAGGAAUGGCUAAUAAUACCAAACUGAGCUGGAGGCAGAAGAAUAAUACCAAAGUGUUCACCCUGAAACCAAAAAAAUGAACGAUUAAAAAGUGAAAAUUGCAGAAAGUUCUGCAUAAAUAUUACUCACUUUUGAUUUGUAUACAUUUUUCAUACAAUGUCUGUUUUAAGCUUUUAACUGUGUUAAGAAAUAUUAGUUAUAAUUGUUUCUUUUUACACUCAGUGUUUCAAUGUUUAAGACUUA